AUACGAUUUGCUAGCAAAUUCGAUAAUCAGCUUUGAAACUUUACCUUUUUAAACAGCCACCUGCUACUGUAUCUACACACUUGCGUAACUCCCUUCUCGACGUUUCUCUGACGCUUACGCGACGGACAGAGCAGUAGUUGUUUACGACAUAAGGACAAAGUGGCGUCUUGGGGAACGAGAUCCUUAGACACUACAAGUAACCUGGCAGACAAAGUCCAGGGAAAUAAACCAGGUGGAUUCAAACUACCUUGAGACAAAGGAGCAAAAAUGUCCGGAGCUGCCAACGACGACGGAUUCCAGAGGGUCCUCACGGCGUCCGAGCGCCGCAUUUUGCGCAAGAGCGCCAGCUCCGCCGCCGUCAAGUCCAUGACUCUCUCAGAGUGCAACUCUUUGGAAAACUCGGUGGUGUCACGUCUGAAAAAACUCGGAAUCGACACAAAGAAGGAGCUCCAUGAGCUUACGGUCAAAGUUGACCCAAAGGAACUGAUUGGAAUCAUUGAAGAAUUAGACGCUGCAAUAAGCGCAGUGGGAAAUGGAGUAGCUAAACCGGAUCAACAUCUCUCCGUAGCAGAGUUAGACAGCAAGAUCAAGGCUACCAAGGCGAAUUUGUCGCAGUUAAAGUCAAAAACAAAGGGAGCAGCUCUCUCCAAGGAGGAAUUGGAUAAGGCCUCCCAUGAGACAGAAAUGUACAUAUCAUACCUCCAGGAACAAAUUGGAAUCACCAGGGAAUUUUUAAAGGUUAAAACAUCACAAGCAUCCCUACUCAAACUUAAGAAUAUUUGCAGACACCUACUAUCAAUAAAACCAAAGCCGGAGGCGCAUGUCCAAAAGGAGCAUUCUCCCAGUCCAGCCGCUACCACUGUAAAAUUCUCAAAGUACUCCAAGAGGGAUCCAACUUACAUUCAUGGUAUCCUGAAACCGAUAAAGGAUGCCAAGAAGGAGAAUUUGGACGUGUCUGAUCUCGUAUCUGAGGAUGUAAGCAUCACAAUUGAUACUAAAAGGUUCCAACAUCCCUUCAACUAUAUUUUGCGCAUAAGGGGAAUGUUUGACACAUUUAUUGAUAGGUCUGAAGUUUUAAAGGGGGCACCAACCAUAUUUACGGUCUAUGGACUGCCCGCAGAUGUAAAGGAAUGUAUAAAGUAUCUACAGAGUCUCGAUAUGGGACCUCAGGCAAAACUUGCAAUACCAUUUUCAAAGUAUAAGCAAAUGCCAAAUAUUGAGGAAAAGUUUGGUGUACUUUCCUUCCACUAUGCAGGUGAACUUGAUGUACUUGGAACCAAGGAAAAUGUCAAGGCCGCUUUUGCCUUUGUAAAUGAAUUUUUGGGUAAGAGCGCUCAGGCACCAGAGGCAGUAGCUGACGCUAGCGGUGAUGGAGAAGAAAAGUCCGUUGUUUACGACUAUCUCGUUUCUCGUGCUCUUUCCUCAAAGUUUAGACCACUUGUACGUAAUAUUGAAAUGGAGACUGGUGUCUCUGUCCAUUUCGAGGUAAAUUCCAAGACAAUGACCGGUAAGGCAACAUUUCAGCCAAAGUCACACAAAUCCCCUGAUUCGGUUGAUAGCUGUGUAAAGGCUGUAUCACUCCUGGUUAGUGAAUUUGGACACAAGGAAAUUUUCAAUGCUUCACAAGAAGCCGUUGCAUUCAUCACAGAUUCCGAGGUACAAAGAAAACGUUACAAAUCCCCAAAUACAUGCAUAUUGAAACAAGGUGAUAAAGCCUUUGUUGUUGGUUUUAAAAAGAAUCUUGGACUUGGAUACAGCAGAGCUGUCGCCCUUGCAGAAUCUAGAACUACAGAGCCACAUACAUUUAAGAUUGAGGCAUCCCAGGUCUCAAUAGUUAACCCAUAUCUUGGCUUUAUAGAGAGUGAAGUUGGUUCCCAUCUAGUGGUUCACUCUGCGAAGCGUGACGAAGAUGCUCGUGUUGAGAUUUUUGGAAAUACUGCCCAGCAAAAGGAAACUGUAGCAAAGCUCAAGGGAAUUCUGGAUAACUAUGUUUCUGUAGACAGAACCUUGACUCCAGUAGAACAUACAGUGCUUUCUGAGGAUCGUUCCAAGCUUGAGGAACUUGAAACAACAUUCCGCGUCAAGCUUACCCUGGGCAAGCAGGCAAUCAAAAUUACUGGUGACAAGCCAAAUGUCAAGACCAUUCAGGAUCAUCUUGAUGUUACUUUUGACAAGAUAUUCGACAUUGGUCUCAAUGGUCCCGUGGACCAGGACGGAGAUGGUAAGAAAUAUGGGCACUUGAAGGUAGAAUCCAAAUUCCUUGGAAAGAUCAUCGGAAAGAAUGGCUCUACAAUGAGAGACAUUGUAGCUCGCUCAGGAUUAGAUACAAUUCUGGUCUGUAGAGAUGCCGAAGGAGAUUCAUUCCUUCUGGUUGGAUCAAAGUCUGCAAUGAGCACUGCAGUGGAUAUUAUAAAGCAUAUCAUAGAAUCUGAUGCUGAUGUCAUUGACGUCUCCAAGAUGGAUUUAAAUCGCUCAAUCGAGGAAGAAUAUACCUCCAAGCACUCCUUUAUCAGAAGAACAGCUAGCGUUAAACCAAAGCAAGAGAAAAAGGUACAAGAAGUAUUAGGAAAUAUUGACGACACCAACGACUUUCCCGCACUAUAA